AUGGUGAAUGGGAGUGUCUGCGCAUCACAGUCACGUGUAGCUGUCGUGGAGGAGGUGUUAAUUGUUGCACGCGUGUGGAUGGGAUUGAUAGGAAGUGAGGAAAAGGAAGAGGCAAUGCGUGAGGCUGAGACGAGAGAUAUGUCGGCAAAAAACUCAUCCUCAUUUCUGCAGCCGCCAUCGCCUGUGGGAGUGGCGGGUAUUGGGGUGUCGACGGUGGGAGGGCAGACACAGAGCUCGCAGCAGGUGGAGCAGUCGUCGUCGGGAGUGGUACGUCUGCACUCGGUGGUGACGAGGCCUUCCUAUGUCAGCACGACGUCGAUAUCGAACAUCUUUCGCAGCCUCUCCACCAUCCAUCGCUCUACGUCGGCGCUGCCUGCCUCCCUACUGGAUCUGGAUGUUGCCUCCACAGCGGGACUGCAGGUGAUUCGACCUGAGACGCACCCUGAGGCCUUUGUGCCAGUACCACCAGACGGGGGUUGGGGCUGGUUGGUAGUGUUUGCCGCCUUCGUCACCAACCUCAUCAUCGAUGGCAUUUGUGUGUCCUUCGGCAUAAUGGUGACUGACCUGGUGGAGCAUUUCAACACCGCUGUAGCCACAGUGAUGCUGAUGGGUUCUCUGAUGCUUGGCGUCUACCAAAUUGCUGAGGUGAGUAGAGCAAAUGGAGUGAGUAAAGAAUCACAGGGAGGUGCAGGCUCUGCUGCUGCUGCUGCUGCUGCUUUAACACGACCGGUGGCGGCGGGUCUGGUGAACAGGUAUGGAUGUCGAGCGGUGGGAAUGGGAGGUUCUGUCCUGGCCACUGUCUCAAUGUUCGUGAGCGCCUUCAUGCCCACCAUCGAACUCAUGCUCGUCUCCUACGGCUUCUUUGCUGGUGCGGCCUUUGGAUUUCUGCACCUGCCGUCGAUAAUCUGCGUGAGCUUCUACUUCGACUCACGUCGGGCGUUAGCCAUCGGAAUGACGAGCUGCGGCACGCCAAUCGGCGCAAUGAUCUUCGCUCCACUCACCGAGGUGUUGCUUCAGGUCUGUCUCCAUCCCCUCCACCACCAGCCUUGCUAUCUCACCCUACUCCGCAGUUCACAGUACACCUCUACCCCACCUCGUUGGGGUGGUCGUGGUCGUGGCUGUGUUAGAUCCACAGUGGUGGUGGCGGUGGCGUUGUGCCUUCUCGUGCACUCUUGUGGUAGUUUCGUGGCUUCAUCUGGCAUGCCGUUUUCAACACCCAUUCCCGUAGACCGACUAAUGAACAAGUGGAUUAUCGGACUUGACAUGCAAAGUUUAGGUGAGUUGGUCCCAUUGGGGACGGUGAAGUGUGCUGUGAGAAAUAUUUGUGUAAGGAGCAGGGAAAUGUAUGAGUGUAGCGUAAAGUGGAGGGCGACUAUAAGACGUUGGGGCUGUGAGGAUGUGUUGAGUGGCGUGAAGCAGUGGUUAGAAGUAAUACCACUGGAAGAGCACAACCGAGAGGGCAGUUGUAAUAUGCGGGCGUUUUCUGUGUUGGAUUUGUACGAGCAGAGGUACGGCUGGUCGAACACACUAAUAUUGUUCGCGGGGAUGCUGUUGAACUGCAUGGUGCUGACGGCGCUGUACAGACCACUCACUCCGGCUCUCCUGUUGACGCCGAUGAAGGCGUCGGAGGCGGAGGGUAUCAAAUCGUUGCUGCAGCUGGCUGCGAGCGAGAAUGCGGCAGUGGUAUCGGCAGGGGCCAUGGCAGGUGGCGAUAAGACGAGUCUUGACGGUGCCACACCGCCCAUCGUCUCGCAGCGAGAUCUGCGCGACCAGCCAGUGCUGGAGGAGGACGAGGAAGAGGAAGAGGAGGCACAGGGGAAGGUGGCCUUGCAGAAGUCGAAGAGUGAUCAGUCACAGCCCAACGUGGCCGAGGUCGUAAAGGACAAAACGCCACAGUCGCAACUGGAGGCAAUAUCGGAGGGCCCAGAGGGAGAAAUGGGUCUUGUAAAGUACUCUGGACACGUAGAGCAGCAUUGCGGCUGUGUUAACCCCCCAUACCCGCAAACGGAAGGGAAGGAGAAGGGAGACAUGAGGAUGGAGGGCGAGGUGAAGCCGCGGCAUCACCGACAUCACAGACGACAGAAGCAUCGCAAGACUCUGCGCCAACAGCUGCAACAACAGUACGCGCAGUGGGUGCAGGGCAUUCGUCGUCUGCGGGACUCCCGAGGCAGAAGCGAUGAGAAAAAGGAGGUGGCGGGGUCUGACGCUAACGCCGGCGCUGACUUGGAUGGGACGGGAGGCGAGGGCGCUGCAUCGAGUCAAAGCUCGUGUGUUUCAACUUGUGGCUCGUCGUGCGAGGAGGAUGCCUCUCACUGGGACUCCGCCUCCACCUCUGACGUCGAUGACACCGCCGCCAAGACCAUGAGUGGUGAUGACGAGAUGUAUCCACUGAAAAAGAGGCUGUGCAAGCAGACCAUUUGCGGUAGCCGCAGGAUGCCAGCCUCUCAGGGGGAGGAGAGUGGUGUUUCGCAACGGGAGGCGUCUACCGUGGAGUGGGUAGUCUCUGCACCCAGUCUCAAUCGACUUGGCAGAUAUUCUACCAGCGAGAGGGGCUGGUCAAGGCGGUGGGAAAAAGAGCAGCAGCAGCAGCAGAGACAGAGGCAGAGGCGAAGUGUGCGGCAUCAGAAUGAACCGUCGGAGCGUCGACCGAGCAGAAUGUGCACACGACCGAUCCCACGACAGUCAGUGGUGCAGCUAGCGAACGCUUCGGUGUCGCGGCGUCGAUCGGAGUCGGUGUCGAUGGGCGCGCUGACGCGCAGUUACCUGAGCAGCCUCGGUUCCGCGAUGUUUGCCUCGACCACAGGAGGAUUUGGCAGUGCAGGCGGUGGUGCAGGAAGUAGGGGUGGUGCUGCUGAGGAGCUGGCGGACACGGCACCCGUAAUCGUAGAAUUGCCGCAUGAGAGCAUCUGCGUGGAGGAUUACGCACGUCCGCUGUACAGGAAGGACAUCUUCUUCCCAGGGAGCGUGAAACGACAGAUCGAGUCGUCGGCGGCGUCGAUAGCCGCGGCAGUGACGAGCAUGAUGGAGACAUCGGGAGACCAGAUCGGGUGUAGCCAGGCGUCGAUGGAGAUGGCGGACGGGGUGCGUCGACGAAAGGUAACCGUGGGCACUUCGCAGUUUGGCAGCGGCAUACUCUUCGGUGACAAUGUGCCACUGCCACCCAUUAACGAGGCGUCGGUGCCGGUGGAGGGCGCACCGUUGGACGCCAACUGGACAGGCUCCUGUCUGAUGUCAUUAACGCGGAUUCCCCUGCCCGAUGUCUUUGAGGUGGAGAAGGAGAGCGUGGGUGUGGGCGGUGGAGUAGUGGCGGAGGAUGAGACGCGAGUGUGGGACCGACUGAAGUCAGAGACGGGACUGAAUUUGGCGGAUGCACCAGCGGACGGUAUCUACCGGGUGCCACGGUCGCACUCGAUGUGCGGCUGGUGGCUGUGCUGGGAGACACGGCGGAAGCAGAGCUCGGAGCUGGCGACAGAGGAGGGAGAGGAGAUGGAGCGCUUCAAGCGUGCUCUGGUGGAGGAUGGUGGUAGCAGCGCCCAGCCCACGAGAUUUCCGCAACGCGCGCGUCUCGUGUUGGUGAGGAGGUGUGUGUUCUUGCCGAAGUCCAUGUGCGACGUGUUGGUGACGAUGAUGAAUCUAUCGCUGUUGAAGACGAAGAGCUUUUUGAUAUUCUGCCUCGCCAGUCUGAUCGCCGUGAUGGGUGAGUGCGGUGGUGGAGGUGGAGAUUGUGAUGGUGGCGUUGACAAUUCAGUCUCGCCUUCCUGUCGCAUCUACGUUCCUCUCUUCUUCGUGUGCGAUCUGGCGGAUUCCUUCGGCAUUCCAAAGAGUCAGUCGGCCUAUUUGCUGACCGUCUACGGUUUGAGGUUACAAUUGACAGGUGCUGUUUUUUCAACUGACUGCAUGUCAGAGAUAUCUGGGUUGUCACCUCGAGACCUGAAAUGGACUCAUGCGUGGAGAGUGGCAGUAGCGCGUUUUACAUGUUGCUGUUGA